UGCGGGGCCGCAGCGCCUCCUGGUGUCGGGUCGGGCCGGGCCCGGCGGGCGGGGCGGGUAUAAAGGGGGCGGCCGCGGCCCGGUCCCCUCCCUCCUGCUUCCUCGCGCCCGCGCCCCGGGCCGUCCGGACCGGAGCCUCCUCGGGACCAGGACUUCAAGGCCACGGCUCCCGCCAAGAUGCUCCAGGGUCCGUGCUCCGUGCUCCUGCUCUGGGGAAUCCUGGGGGCCAUCUGGGCCCAGCAGCAGGAGGUCAUCUCGCCAGACACUGCUGAGAGAAACAACAACUGCCCAGAGAAGACCGACUGCCCCAUCAACGUGUACUUCGUGCUGGACACAUCAGAGAGCGUCGCCAUGCAGUCCCCCACGGACAUCCUGCUCUUCCACAUGAAGCAGUUUGUGCCGCAGUUCAUCAGCCAGCUGCAGAACGAGUUUUACCUGGACCAGGUGGCGCUGAGCUGGCGCUACGGCGGCCUGCACUUCUCCGACCAGGUGGAGGUGUUCAGCCCGCCGGGCAGCGACCGGGCCUCCUUCAUCAAGAGCCUGCAGGGCAUCAGCUCCUUCCGCCGCGGUACCUUCACCGACUGCGCCCUGGCCAACAUGACCGAGCAGAUCCGGCUGCACGGGAGCAAGGGUACCGUCCACUUCGCCGUGGUCAUCACUGACGGCCACGUCACCGGCAGCCCCUGCGGCGGCAUCAAGCUGCAGGCCGAGCGGGCUCGCGAGGAGGGCAUCCGGCUCUUUGCGGUGGCCCCCAACCAGAACCUGAAGGAGCAGGGCCUGCGGGACAUCGCCAGCACGCCACACGAGCUCUACCGCAGCGACUACGCCACCAUGUUGCCCGACUCCACCGAGAUCGACCAGGACACCAUCAACCGCAUCAUCCAGGUCAUGAAACACGAAGCCUACGGAGAGUGCUACAAGGUGAGCUGCCUGGAGAUCCCUGGGCCCCCAGGCCCCAAGGGCUACCGUGGACAGAAGGGUGCCAAGGGCAACAUGGGCGAGCCGGGAGAGCCAGGCCAGAAGGGAAGACAGGGAGACCCAGGCAUCGAAGGCCCCAUUGGAUUCCCAGGACCCAAGGGCAUUCCUGGCUUCAAAGGAGAGAAGGGUGAAUUUGGAGCCGACGGUCGCAAGGGGGCCUCCGGCCUGGCUGGCAAGAAUGGGACUGAUGGACAGAAGGGCAAGCUGGGGCGCAUCGGACCUCCUGGCUGCAAGGGAGACCCCGGAAACCGGGGCCCCGACGGUUACCCAGGGGAAGCAGGGAGCCCGGGGGAGCGAGGAGACCAAGGUGGCAAGGGGGAACCUGGCCGCCCAGGACGCAGAGGGCCCCCAGGAGACAGCGGGGCCAAGGGAAGCAAGGGCUAUCAAGGCAACGACGGAGCCCCAGGAAGUCCAGGCCUGAAAGGAGCCAAGGGCGGGCCCGGGCCCCGAGGACCCAAAGGCGAGCCCGGGCGCAGGGGAGACCCCGGCACCAAGGGCAGCCCAGGCAUCAAUGGCACCAAGGGGGAGAAGGGGGACCCUGGCCCUGAGGGGCCCCGAGGCCUGGCUGGAGAGGUCGGCAACAAAGGAGCCAAGGGAGACCGAGGCUUGCCUGGACCAAGAGGCCCCCAGGGGGCUCUUGGGGAGCCGGGAAAGCAGGGAUCUCGGGGAGACCCCGGUGAUGCAGGGCCCCGUGGAGACUCAGGACAGCCAGGCCCCAAGGGAGACCCUGGCAGGCCUGGAUUCAGCUACCCAGGACCCCGAGGAGCACCCGGGGAAAAAGGCGAGCCCGGCCCACGAGGCCCUGAGGGAAGCCGAGGUGACUUUGGUUUGAAAGGAGGACCUGGGACGAAAGGAGAGAAAGGAGAGCCUGCAGAUCCUGGUCCCCCUGGUGAGCCAGGCCCCCGGGGGCCGAGAGGAGUCCCAGGACCCGAGGGUGAGCCCGGCCCUCCUGGAGACCCUGGCCUCACGGAGUGUGACGUCAUGACCUACGUGAGAGAGACCUGCGGGUGCUGUGACUGUGAGAAGCGCUGUGGCGCCCUGGACGUGGUGUUCGUCAUCGACAGCUCUGAGAGCAUUGGGUACACCAACUUCACGCUGGAGAAGAACUUUGUCAUCAACGUGGUCAACAGGCUGGGCGCCAUCGCUAAGGACCCGAAGUCCGAGACAGGGACACGCGUGGGCGUGGUGCAGUAUAGCCACGAGGGCACCUUCGAGGCCAUCCAGCUGGACGACGAGCGCAUCGACUCCCUGUCGAGCUUCAAGGAGGCCGUGAAGAACCUCGAGUGGAUUGCGGGAGGCACCUGGACGCCCUCGGCCCUCAAGUUUGCCUACGACCGCCUCAUCAAGGAGAGCCGGCGCCAGAAGACACGCGUGUUCGCGGUGGUCAUCACGGACGGGCGCCACGACCCUCGGGACGAUGACCUCAACCUGCGGGCGCUGUGCGACCGCGACGUCACGGUGACGGCCAUCGGCAUCGGGGACAUGUUCCACGAGAAGCACGAGAGCGAGAACCUCUACUCCAUCGCCUGCGACAAGCCGCAGCAGGUGCGCAACAUGACCCUGUUCUCCGACCUGGUGGCGGAGAAGUUCAUCGACGACAUGGAGGAUGUCCUCUGCCCGGACCCUCAGAUCGUGUGCCCAGACCUUCCCUGCCAAACAGAUGCACCGUGGCCUGGCGGCGAGCCCCUGGUCACCUUCCUCCGCACGGAAGAGGGGCCGGACGCCACCUUCCCCAGGACCAUCCCCCUGAUCCAACAGUUGCUAAACGCCACGGAGUUCACACAGGACCCAGCCGCCUACUCCCAGCUGGUGGCCGUGCUGGUCUACACUGCAGAGCGGGCCAAGUUCGCCACCGGGGUUGAGCGGCAGGACUGGAUGGAGCUGUUUAUUGACACCUUUAAGCUGGUGCACAGGGACAUCGUGGGCGAUCCCGAGACUGCGCUGGCCCUCUGCUAAAGCCCUGGCGGCCGCACAGCCCGGCCGGCCCCUCCCUGUCGUGCUAGCUUCCCAGGGCUGCCCCCGCAGGCUGGCUCUCAGCGGAAGCUGAAGUCUGGAAUCGGAGGGUCAGCAGGGCCGCAGUCCCUCCAGAGGCUCUGGGGUGCCUUCUGCCUCUUCCCACCCUGGUGGCCGCUGUGUCCCUGGGCUGCGGCUUCAUCUUCCCGUCUCCCUCCUUCCUGUGGCCUCUCCACUUUUUACAAGAACGCCAGUCACUGAAUUUAAGGUCCACCCCAAGUCCAGGAUGCGUCCUCGCAAGACCCUUAACUCACUCCUGUCUGCAGAGUCCUUCUUUGCUCCUUCAGGUCACCCUCACAGGCUCCAGGGUUUGGGCGUGGAAAUCUCUGGGGCCUUUACUUAGUGACCCAGCUGGGCUGCAUGUGUCAGGGUGGGGCUGAAGGAGGGGUGCAGCCUGAGUGCUGGGGAUGUCUCCCCCUCUGGGUUCCAGUGGAGCCUCAGAAACAGGCCCCAGAGGCUGGAGAGCUUGCUGCGGUGUGGGCACUCAGCCCACCUGGUGGUGGGUGAAGGCAUUCAGGUUGGGCAGCAGAUAUUCCUGGGACCUGGCAGUCCUGGCAUCAUGAGGUAUCUCAGCUGGUGUCAUGCCCCCUGGGGCAAAUGGCCACAGCUGCCUGCCAGCAGCUGCGGACCUGGGGUGCCUGCACCCUUCCAGCCCAGCUUCUGGGUUCUCAGAAGCACAGUUGGGAGAGCAUUCACCAGGCAUGGCCUCUGCUGUCCUCGGAGGCCUGAGCAGGGAGCCCCAGGGGCCACGACGUGGGGAGUGGCAGGGGUCACCAUCCAAAGGGUGUGGCCCCCACGUCGAGCUCGGACCCUGACGUUCAUCUAGGCUGGGCUCCCACCAGGCAGAGUUGUGGCCGUUUGUCAUGGCCAGGUUUUCGGCCCCAUACCCCACAGGGUGGGCCAGGCCAGACUUCCCACUGUGGGGAUAAAGGAUCCCCCACAGAAGGAGAGCAGAGUCCACACACAACCCGACAGCCUCAGCCUCCCUGUGCCCAGCCAGCCCCCAUGGCCUCCCAUGUCCUCUAGGCCCCACAGACACUGAUGCCUGGAGAGAGACCCCCAAAACCAGCCGUCCCCCCAACACAUCGGUCUCCGUGUAUGUAGUGACAAUUGUGAAAAUGUUUAUUAGUUUUGAGGAGGUUUGGGAAGCCCAGCGGUGCCUGAGAACUUUCUGGACAUUUAAGCAUGUUCCAAUGCUGCUGUUUGUGGCGCUGCUGCAGUUCGGGGGCCCCGGGGAGCAAGGUGUGGGCCUCACUAGGGAGGCUGCCCUUCCCUUCACUGAAUAAGCUGCAUCCCUCAUAAGCUCACUGAGAACCCGACUGCCAGCUCGUGCGUGCUUAGACGCGGUCUGCCUGUCUUGGGUGUUCUGUAAAGGCUGAAGUGCCCGUGAGGUCAUGCUGCUGUGUUCAGGGCUGUGCUCACUGCGGGCAGGGCCUGGACUCUGCACCUCCAGGGCCCCCAGAAGCCGAGUUUCAGGUCAGGGUCCUCCGUGCGCAUUCGUAGGGUCAGGACCUCGCUCCUGAGGGAUUCCUGGGGGUCCGUGUACCAGCUGUGACCACGUGCAGUGGGUGGGCUGAGGAGCAGAUGCCCUUGGGGAAAUUGGCUCUGUCCCUCCCCUCCCCCAUCCCAGGAGCUGAGGUGCUAGUGAGGCUGCAGGGCCGGGUCAUGCGUGUGGACUGUCCGUGUCCCAUCCUGUGGUCUCUGGCCCCACGUGACACCCACACAUGUGGUGGGCGGCCUGGGCUGUGGCUGUGGCCCACCCUCACACUGUCCAGGGUGCCCAGGGCUGGUGAUCACCCAGGCAGGUGGCAGCCCCUCUCAGUAACAAGGAGUCUUAGGGCAGAGCCCGCCUGGGCUGCCCCUGUGCCCACUGCCGCCCACCACGGCUGGGACAGGGGCUCCUGGUCUUUCUGGGAAGGAUGAGGCCCCAGUCAGCUCUAGGGGUUCUGGGCAGCUCCGGGACCCAGCCAGCAGGCAGUCAGGCUGGGGGUGUGAGGGUCCUCCUGAAGUCCCACACCACAUAGACAGUGACCCUUUGGUGGGCAGCAAAUUCUUGGGCCACAAGAAGAUGCCUUGGGGCCCCUUCCUUCCCAAGAGGCCAGCUGGGCAGAGAUGGCACUCAGCAGGCAGACAGGGCCUGGGGCCUGUGUCCGGGUCUCGGGCCUGGGAGCACCCGCAGGGGAGAUGGUGGCUCCCGACAGUGCUGUCUGAAGGGGCUAGGGCCGAGGACCCCCACCCAGGACUGCCCUGCAGAACCCCCCGCAGAGCCUGGCCGUCCAUGGGGCCCAUCAGGCGGGUGCAGGUGGAGGGGCGGGCGCAGGGCUGGCAUCUGCCAGGUCCUGCCAGCCGCCCCGCCCAGCCCGCACCCCGUCUCCCCGCAGAGCUGGCGGUGGCGCAGUGCACUCAGCGGCCCGUGGACGUCGUGUUCCUGCUGGACGGCUCCGAGAGGCUGGGCGAGCAGAACUUCCACAAGGCCCGGCGCUUCGUGGAGGAGACGGCGCGGCGGCUGACCCUGGCGCGGAGGGAGGACGACCCCCUGAACGCGCGCGUGGCGCUGCUGCAGUUCGGGGGCCCCGGGGAGCAGCAGGUGGCCUUCCCGCUGAGCCACAACCUCACGGCCAUCCACGAGGCGCUGGAGGCCGCGCGCUACCUCAACUCCUUCUCGCACGUGGGCGCGGGGGUCGUGCACGCUGUCAACGCCAUCGUGCGGGCGCGCGGCGGGGCGCGGAGGCACGCGGAGCUGUCGUUCGUGUUCCUCACGGACGGCGUGACGGGCAACGCCAGCCUGCAGGAGGCCGUGCACUCCAUGCGCAAGCAGAACGUGGUGCCCACCGUGGUGGCCGUGGGCGGCGACGUGGACAUGGACGUGCUCACCACGCUCAGCCUGGGCGACCGCGCCGCCGUGUUCCGUGAGAAGGACUUCGACAGCCUGGCGCGGCCCGGCUUCUUCGACCGCUUCAUCCGCUGGAUCUGCUAGCGCCGCCCGGGCCGACCCGUCCAUGGUGCUAAGCGCCGGGUCCCGCGCCCACUCGGAGGACGCCCCGGGCCCGCCCCAGGCCCAGAUCCCCCGCGGGGUCCCUCGCAGCCCCCGCCUAGCCCGGCCUCCCACCCCUGCAGCCCUCCCGAGGCUCCUGACCUGCCUGGCCCUGAACUCCGGAGCAAGCCCUGAUCCAAUAAAAACGCUUUGAACCCA